AUGGACGAAGUCGUAGUAGAAGUGGAGAAGACGAAGAGAGAAUGGGAAUCCGCUUACGAGAAGACGAUCGAACAUAUAAUGGCGAUUCAAGAGUACGGGAAAUCAAGGAGAGGAGAAAAAGAUGGAGUGGAGAAGAUUUCGUUACAGAGGCUUAACGGAUUGGCUCAGGAUGGUCUCUCUCUUCUCAAUUCUCUUCAAUUCAAUCUCGAUCUUCUCGCUCCCCAGCUCCCUUCUGAUGAUCAGGUCCAAUCUACUCAGUCUCUGCUUGAAACCUGGAAGAAUCAAUACCAAAGCUUGAGGGUAAACCUGAGAAGUGCUAAUUUGCAAGCAAAGGAUAACAUGAGGAAAUCUGCUCAAGAAGAGAGAGAGCUUCUCCUCGGUGGUGGCACAGAGUCCACAGUCCUCAGACGGAAAAGACAAGCAAAUGCUGGUGUGACAUCAGAUGCUGAAAGCAUAACCGAAAGUCUCAGGCGUUCACGGCAACUGAUGGUUCAGGAGGUGGAAAGAAGUACAAACACUCUUGUGGCUUUUGAUGAAUCUACUGGAGUACUUAAAAAGGCCGAGAGUGAAUACAAGGGACACAAGUCUUUGUUGUCGAGGACCCGGAAUCUACUUUCUACAAUGCAACGUCAAGACGUGAUUGACAGGUUAAUCCUCAUAAUUGGAUUUUCUCUCUUCGUCUUUGCUGUUCUUUACGUUGUUUCGAAGCGCAUAGGAAUCCUGAAACUGCAACGGAUGGCUACAGCUGCUAUUAAAGCUCAAUUGGCUCGAAAAGCAGCAAAUGAUGAUGCUAUGCCUCUCGGACAACAGUUUGAUCGAAAUGCUGUUCCAAAUGUUAAUAUUCCUCUACAACAACGCCCGCAUGAUGAACUCUAA